AUGUCUUCUUUGUCCAGCCGCCAGACAAUCAGUUCCGCUGUGCUUCUACAGAGAAUCGGAGACACAGUCGCGCGCGGUGUCACAGGGCUUGCGACCAAGGCUGACAUUGACGAGGUCAAGACUAGGCUGUCAAGGAUAGAGUCCUUGCUUACCCAAGUGCUGCAAGAUCGGCCACCUGCGCACCCUGCUGUACCAGAUCAGGAAACUCCAACGGCUACCAAUAACAUAGAAGUCGGCGAAGAUUCUUCACCCAAAGUUCGAGCUGAAACGCAGACUGACUCUGUUAAACCUCCAAGAGUUGUGCAAGAGGCCUACGUAAAGUAUUUUGCCACCGUGUCGGAAGGGCAAGAUGUACCGCUUCCUCACCAGCUUGCCGACACUACAUCCGUUAGCGAGGUGCCAACCCAAGCAACAGCUAUCGAUACCGCCUCGACCACGGCUGUGCUGUCAUCAAAGCCAGUAGAACCAAGCGUGUCUACGCUUAACGAAGAGACGGUCUCCGCCCAGGCCGCUGCUCAAGCUGACGAAGACGCACUGUCGGAUGAGGAGUUGAGGGAACUUCGGCCGCUACGUCAGCAAUCGACACGUCUUUUCUGCAUCAAUGAAGACUUCCGCUAUAAGACCCUAGUCGGCUUGUACCGUGCUCUCAAGUGGAGGAAUCCGCCUCAAUCGUCAUCCCGGACCCGCCUCCCCGAGAGCCAGUUGAUCAAUAUGGCGCGCCAUGCAGAAUUCGACAUUCUUCGAGGCAUAGAUCGAAGGAUUGUAAGGAGGCAAAUGGCUUCAGCCCCAUCGCUCAUACUCAACGAGUACUCAACAGGUCGGCAGGAGAUGUGGCGCAGCUACAUGUAUAGCAGCAACUUCUCCAAGCUGAUCCAUAGAUAUCAGAAGUCCGUGCGUGAUAUCUUGAGGCAGCGUAGACGAGUCACUCGGCCGCGGUCUCCUCAGCAAAUGGUAGCUUUCGUCGCCGUUCCUCGUGGCCGUUCUGGAUACCGCUAUCGAUCGGCGUCAAGGUCUUCGAGCGCUGACCAUGGCGGCAAUGCACCGGUGACUGGUUUGGAUCAGGGCGUGACCCAGCCGGCGACAAGUAACAGCGACUUCUCUUUCCCGAGCGCUCCUACACGAGUUGCCUUCUCGAUGACACCUGGUUCGCUCGUGGCGUAUAGCGAUAUGCUUAUGGAGGCUGAUUUGGCCCUCCUCAGAGAGCCCACGUCGGCCAAGCCAUACGAUAUCAAGCUCGCCAAUGAACUUCGCGGCGGUACUCUCGUCGAGUUCUACGACAAGCUCGUGGAGGCCAACAGCUUGGUAUCUCGCCUCAAGCACGACGAAGACCUUCAGCAUGCGCUUAUUGAAGUCUACCAAAGAACGGGCAUAGCGCCGUUCUGGACCGAUUACCUACCGCUUGAUACUCAGGAGCUGAUGAGGCUAACCAAGCAAAUCGAAGACGAUGCUUUUCGCCGCCUGCUAAUGGACGUGCGAAGUGGGAAAGCCGAGGUUUCCCACGAAAAUGCGUACAUUCGAUUAACGGCGAGGUACCGUCCGGGAACCGAUGCCAUAGGUCUCAUGGAGUUUGCAGGCAAGGCUGCGAAGUUUCUCGACCGGAUGGAGAUGUAG